AUGGGCUCUGGGCGCAGCACUGAGCACGCCCAACCUUGCUGUGAGUCCGAAGGCUCCAGAGCCGCUUCAAAGCUGCUGCUCAACGCAGCACGCCGCUGCGACGCGGAUGCUGUGCAAAAAGCGCUGGUCAUGGGGGCUGAUCCCAAUACCAGGAGCGACCAUUCGGGCCGACCUGCAUUGAGCUUUGCUGCGCAAUGUGCAGACACCUCCCAACCAUUACAACACCUGUUGUGUGCACGUGCUCAUGUGGACGCUACAGCACAUGACGGGCGCACUGCAUUGCACAUUGCAGUUGCAUGGGAAAGAGGGGCAGCUGCGUCAAAGCUGGUGGAGGUACUGCAAAACUGCAGAGACUGCCCGGCUCUAAAAAGUCCUCACAGCGAAUGCGUACCCGUGAUGUACAUGGAAUUCCAUCAUGCGUAG